CCGGCGAGGGAGCGCGCACGGAGCGCGGGACAGAGCGCAGGGCAGACGGACCCACGGACGGACGGACGCCCCCGCACACGCAGACGCGCAGAGCUCCGCGAGGUCCCCGUCACAUACACACAUUCACACACUCGCGCUGACACACACAGGGACACACGCACACUCGCGCGCGCACAUCCUCCCGCCAGCCUGCCCGCCCGCUCGCCGGCGCCCGGAGCCCUCUGGCCGAGUGUUGUUUGCAACGAAGACCAAAAGCCAGAAGAGAAGAGAGCUGAGGACUAUGGGCAGCAAGAGGCCGACCUGUCACUACUAGCUGUGUGCCCUUGGGCAGGUCACUGGACUUCUCCGAAUCUCCAUUUCCUCAUCUGGAAACUACAAGAUGAAGCCUCAGGGGUCCAGAGUGAAAAAGGAUUGCCCAAAGUCAUAAGCAAGUGGGGAGCGGAGUUUAAAAGGAGUGAGAGAGAGAGAACCACGCUGCUGAUGACUCCGAAGGAGGGGCCCUGGACAUGUGCUGCAGCGAGAGGCUGCCCGGUGUCCCCCAGCCGGUAGGGAUGGAGGCGCUGGACCAGGCCGAGGGGCCCGCGGCCUCACAGAGAGCGAUGCCACCGCCCCCACCUGCUUCACCGCCCUCAGAGCCAGCUCAGAAGCCGCCACCUCGAGGCGCCGGGAGCCACUCCCUCACUGCCAGAAGCAGCCUGUGCCUGUUGGCUGCCUCCCAGUUCCUGCUCGCCUGUGGGAUGCUCUGGCUCAGCGGCUUUGGCCCCAUCUGGACGCAGAACACCACAGACGUCGUCUCCUCCGCGCUCACGUUCCUGGAGCGGCUGGGACCCUCGGCCUGGCUGGGCACUGGGACCUGGGACGUCCCCAGUCUGCUGCUGAUCUCUCUGUGUGUGAUCUUCAUCACCACCCUGGUGUGGCUCUUUCUGAGGGCUCCCCCAGAACCACCCAGCCCGCUGCCCCCCGAGGACAGGCGCCAGUCGGUAAGCCGUCAGCCCUCGUUCACCUACUCGGAGUGGAUGGAGGAGAAGGUCGAGGAUGACUUCCUGGAUCUGGACCCCGUCCCCGAGACCCCUGUGUUCGACUGCGUGAUGGACAUCAAGCUGGAGGCCGACCCCACCUCCCUGACCGUCAAGGCCAUGGGUCUGCAGGAGAGGAGGGGCUCCAACGUCUCCCUGACCCUGGACAUGUGCACGCCGGGCUGCAACGAGGAGGGCUUCGGCUAUCUCAUGUCCCCCCGUGAGGAGUCAGCCCGAGAAUACCUGCUCAGCGCCUCCCGCGUGCUCCAGGCCAAAGAGCUUCACGAGAAGGCCCUGGACCCCUUCCUGCUGCAGGCAGAAUUCUUUGAAAUCCCCAUGAAUUUUGUGGAUCCGAAAGAAUAUGACAUCCCUGGGCUGGUGCGGAAGAACCGAUAUAAAACCAUCCUUCCCAACCCUCACAGCAGAGUGUGUCUGACCUCACCAGACCCUGACGACCCUCUGAGUUCCUACAUCAACGCCAACUACAUUCGGGGCUACGGUGGGGAAGAGAAGGUGUACAUCGCCACUCAGGGACCCAUCGUCAGCACGGUCGGCGACUUCUGGCGCAUGGUGUGGCAGGAGCACACGCCCAUCAUCGUCAUGAUCACCAACAUCGAGGAGAUGAACGAGAAGUGCACCGAGUAUUGGCCGGAGGAGCAGGUGGUAUACGAUGGCGUGGAGAUCACCGUGCGGAAAGUCAUCCACACUGAGGAUUACCGGCUCCGACUCAUUGCCCUCAGGAGCGGGACGGAAGAGCGAGGCCUGAAGCAUUACUGGUUCACGUCCUGGCCCGACCAGAAGACCCCAGACCGCGCGCCCCCACUCCUGCACCUGGUGCGGGAGGUGGAGGAGGCGGCCCAGCACGAGGGGCCCCGCUGCGCCCCCAUCGUGGUGCACUGCAGCGCAGGGAUUGGGAGGACCGGCUGCUUCAUCGCCACCAGCAUCUGCUGCCAGCAGCUGCGGCACGAGGGCGUGGUGGACAUCCUGAAGACCACGUGCCAGCUCCGUCAGGACAGGGGCGGGAUGAUCCAGACGUGCGAGCAGUACCAGUUCGUGCACCACGUCAUGAGCCUCUACGAGAAGCAGCUGUCCCGCCAGCCCCCGGAGUGACCACACGCCUCCGCGAGGUCCUCUGGUACCUCCCAGCCUGAGUCGGGGCCCUCCUCGCAGCCACACCCAGGACCCUGCCUCAGGUCCCGGCCUGCUCCCCGUCCCUCCCGCUUCCUUCUCUUCAGUUUG